AUGGUAAGAAAAUAAUGAAUAAUAUUCAGUUUUUUUUUCCUUGUUCAGGGUGCAAAUGGAUCGUCUCAGCUCGAAAAAGAAAUAAAUGGAGACACGCUUAUCGGCAACGAGCACUACUAUGGAUUAGUGAAUGUUUGCUUUUUUUGAUUUUGUCGAAGAUUUUAUUUUUCAGUUUGGGAAUACCUGUUAUUGUAAUUCGGUGAUCCAAGCACUGUACUUCUGUCGCCCGUUUCGCGAAAAAAUUCUUCAGUACAAACAACAACUGAAAAAGACAGGUUUUCUUUUGUGUCUAUGACUUUGCAAAGUAUAAUACAUAUAAAUUUUCAAAACUUUUCUAAACUGAAAAAUACUCAUUUUUCUGUCAUUAAUGCUGAGUGAUGUUGAAUUUAGUUUUUGUUUCUAAUAAUGAAUUCGUUUUAUUAAAAUUUUUUUUAUUAUAGCGAAAGAGAACCUCGUCAUGUGUUUGGCGGAUCUUUUUCACAACAUCGCUACGCAGAAACGACGCGUAGGAACUAUCGCUCCGAAGAGGUUCAUCACGAAAUUGAAAAAAGAGAACGGUUAGAAAAGCUCAAUUUCAAUCAAGUUUUGAAAUCUAUUUAGAGCUUUUCGAUAACUACAUGCAACAAGACGCGCACGAAUUUCUAAAUUAUCUACUGAACACCAUUUCCGAAACCUUGCAAGAGGAAAGAAAUGCGGACAAAGAAAGAGUUCAAAAAAGCUUGAAGAAAGGUGCUGUAACCGUGAACAUCAGUCCAGCCACCGCCGGUUUAAAUGAAAAGAAAGAAGACGAAAAGUAUUUUUCUUUCAAAUCAAAAUAUGAUUUUAAUUGAACUUUGAAGGGGAAAAACUGAAACGACUUGGAUUCACGAGAUUUUUCAAGGAACCUUAACGAACGAAACGCGAUGCCUGUGCUGCGAAACUGUAGGGUUCUUUUUAUCUCUAACACGUUAUUUUGACUCAAACGUUGUAGGUUUCAAGCAAAGAUGAAGACUUCCUCGACCUUUCUGUUGAUGUUGAGCAAAACACGUCGAUCAGUCAUUGUUUGCGCGUGUUCAGUGAGACUGAAACGCUAUGUGGCGACCAGGUUUGUCGUGGGAAAAUCAUUUUUUGCUGUUCAGUUGUCGCCUUGGUGUAUUUUCUGAAAGAAAUAGUUUAAUUUAUAAAUUAUUUAGUCGAUUCUAGAAACAUCGACAAUUAUAAGAAUUAGAACCGAAUGAAAAAAAAAAUGUAAAAAAGGCAAAAAACGAACGCCGCUCCAUUAUUGGACCAUUUCCUGCCGCAAAUAAUUUCGGUUCAAGCGGAUUUUUCGUGAGAGACAACGAAGCCAGUGGCUCGAAAGUCUUGAAAGGAAAAAAAGCCAUGAAUGGACCUCGAAAACGUGGAGUCUUUUUUUAGAAAUACUUUUGUGAGACGUGUUCUUCUAAGCAGGAGGCUCAGAAGCGCAUGCGGAUCAAACGGCUUCCACAAAUGCUUGCUCUUCACUUGAAGAGGUUUUUUUUUGUUUUUGUUUCUUAACUUGACAAAUAUAGGUUUCAAAAAAGUCUCGUUCAGAUUCAAAUAUGUCGAUCAACUCAAUAGACACACGAAGCUUUCGUACCGAGUCCUCUUUCCACUGGAACUGCGAUUGUUUAACGUAGUUAGUCUUUUUUUUUUUUCAUUGAGAAGAUAUUGAAUAUUGAGGGCAAACUGUGUGGUCAUAGGAAUUUCUUUUUUAUUUUCUUUUUUUGAGUUCUUUAUUUCAUUUUAUCUUAUAUAAUGGUUGAUCUGUCGCUGGCUCGUUCCUCAAUAUGAAUGGAAAUUGAAUCGUAAAAUAUAUAUGACCUGAUGAUAAUUGAAGGGUUAGUGUUCUAAAAGAGACGCUAUAUAGAUUUUCCUACUGUCGCCUCAUUCGAAAACGCUUUUUGAAUUAGAAAAAAAGCGUCGAAAUCGUCUUGACGAAUUUUUUUUCUGAAGCGGAUAAAUGCCACUUGUCAGCAAGAGCUCGCGUAAAGCAAACCUUAUCGUAUUUAUUCUUUGCACCGCAGACAAGAAAAAGUUCGUAAAGAUCUUUUUCCGUUUCCAAGCUAAAGAUCAGUACAUAUUCAGCGGUGGCUUGAGGAUUUCAUGUGAACCUGCUGAUUGGUGGGGUUUCAGAGCGACGACGCGACAAACAGCGACCGAAUGUACGAUUUGGUUGCCGCGGUUGUCCACUGCGGCGCGACUCCCAACCGUGGUCACUACAUCACCCUCGUUAAGAGCAAUUCUUUUUGGCUUCUGUUCGAUGACGAUAUUGUGGAGGUAGUUGUAUUUUAAAAAAAUUUUUACAAAACAAAAAUUUAGAAAAUGGAAAUUAGCUCGAUGGAGGAGUUCUCUGGAUUAUCAGAUGGAGGUAUGCAGAAGAACUCGGAGUCUGCGUACAUUCUUUUCUAUCAGGCCCGCGACAGCGAAACGCCCAAAAUUAA